AUGUUCAACAUAGAAGGUACAGUCGCAAUUGUCACCGGUGCGGUUGACAGUAUUGGAAGAGAUAUCGUCAAUUCGUUGCUCUCAAACAACGCCAAAGGAGUUGCAUUGUUAGAUGCAAAUGAUGCUCAGGCUGAGGAAUUUCAGGCAUCGUUGGAUAAGGAAUUUGGUGCUAAGAAGACGCUAUUUUUGAAGGUAGAUGUAACAGAUUUUGAAAAAGUCAAAGAUGCAUUUAAAAAGUGUGUGGAUCAUUUCGGAAAUCUGGAUAUUGUAGUGAACAAUGCAGACAUUAUUGGAAAUAUCGAGAUGGUCAUCAAAAUUAAUCUGCUGGCGACAAUUCAAAUAUCAAAUUUUGCUUUCUUCGAUUUCCUUCCAAAGUACAGAAAAGGCAAGGAGGGUGUCAUAAUUAAUAUAGCUUCGGUUGUUGGUUUGUAUCCAAGCCAUAUGCUUCCCGAUUAUUCUGCAGCAAAGCAGGGAGUGGUAGCAUACACUCAGGCUUUGGGAGUGAAUGGUCGUUACGAGAAUGCUCCAGUGAAGGUCAUGGCUCUCUGUCCAGGAGUAAUAGAUACCGAAAUUUUUGUAGGUGUGCCAGAAUAUUACCAACAGUUUAUGAGGGAGUUGGAUUUCAUCUGUCAACCACCUGGAGUCGUUGGCAAGGGUUUGAUCAAGGUUUUGAAAGAGGGAAGCACUGGUUCUAUUUGGGUCAGCAAGAAAAAUGAACCUGCUAUCGAGUUUAAAUACAAAUCAAAAACAUUCCCGAUUUUGAGGAAAUUAGUAUCUUAAAAAAAAGUAUACAGAGUUCUGUCAA